CCAAGUCUCGCCGAAUCGAAGGCGCAAGAUCCUCGCGAGGAAGCCACCCAAUGCUAAUGCAGUAUUAGUAUCUAUAUUAAAAAGCACUCUUAUACUAUAGUUUGAUGGUGGUCAUUCAACUUCCAUAAAGAGGAAAGACAGUCACUGAUGAGUCUCCUAAGUCACUUUAGGUUACCAAGCUAUACGAUUUUCCCCGCCUCUCUGAGGUGUGCUGCAAAUCUCGACUGGCUUCUCCCUUUCUAUGUUAUAAAGUUGAGGCUUAGGUCCAGCGGCGCUCAAAGCACUAAGUAAAACAACCGGCUAGGUUUUACCUCUAGAGAUCUACCCCUUCCAACACUAUAGUUUGAUGGUGGUCUGUGGUAGUUCCUUCGACUUUGUACAUCAUGAUGUCGCGGAAAUUUUGAUUUACAAGAACGUGUGAGCACGGCUUGACGCGUGUCGAUAUGUAGAGCAAGAGCCACGACCAGUAUCUAUACUACUAGCGCAUGAUCACUCAUCAUUGUUUGAUACUAGACGUCAGCGUCUGAUAGCUCUCCCUCCACUAGAAUCCUCCACCUCCUUCCAGCAUUUCACUUCUUCCGUCGAGACGCCCCCCCCCCCGCUCCUCUUCCGCCAGGUCGCGGCGCUUUCUUGGCGGAGUUGAUCCGCGGAAGAGGAGUCGGGGCUGAGGCGCCGCAGAAUCUGACAGAGGAGGCCGCUUCCCUGAGGUUUUUUAGAUGUUUCAGAGUUUGCCCGCUUUGAAUAUCGUGCAAGUUCUUGGAUUGGAUGCACUGACCUGAGUGCAAAGCUUUACGCUUAAGCCCCUUGGGGUGGGGGCUUUAUCUCCUGGAGUGGGUUUGAAGCUUUUAGCUUGAAGCUUGAAGAAACGAGGCCCGUAUCUUUUAGUUUGAAGCUUUGAGCUUCAGCGAAGCUCUAGGCCUAAAACUUCGAGCUUGGCGCAUGGGUUUUGAGGCUUUGGAUUUGCAAGCUGAAGCUUUGGGCUUAGGGCGUAGCUGGGUUUGAAGGGUUUGAUCUGAAGUCUUGGACCUGAGACUUUGGGUCUGAAGACUUGGGCUUCACAUCUUGGAUGUUAUGCUUUGGACUUGAAGCCUUCGGCUUGAAGGCUUGGAGUUGAAGCAGAAGCGCUACGCUUGAAGUGUUGGACAUGAGAUCUUGGCUUUGAAGCUUUGGACAUGAAGCCUUGGGCUCGCAGCGUUAGGCCUGAAGCCUUGCGCUUGUCGCCUUGGGCUUGUGGUUUUGGAGUCGAGUCUUCGAACUUGAAAAGUUUGAAACUUGGUCGCGGCUGAUAAGAUAUAAAAAUGCAGGGCACGCUAGCCCAAAGUAGAAGGCUUUUUGGCUUUAUCGAUUAGAGUUUUGAUUCGGUCGCCUGUGGUCGCGAUUGGCUACACAUCAGGGCCAUGGGCACGGGCAGCGCGUUGGCCGAGGUUACGAUCGUAGACGAAUGACAUGCCUCGCUUGCGGAGUUGAGUGCUCGAAUUUGAAAAAUUUAACGCCUAGCCUCGGCUGAUAAAGUCAAAAACUUUCCUAUUAUAGCCCGCAAUAGCGAAAUUUUUGAUUUUAUCGCUUUGAGUUUAAAUGUGGCCGCCUUUGGGUGUGAUCGGCUACACAUCGCCGGCAGCGUGUUGGCCGGUGUCGUGAUCGUAGUCCAACGGCAUGCCACGCCUGGGCCUUGGGCUUGCGGCCUUGGGCUCGACGAUUUGGGGUCGACUUUUUAUAUUUUAAGAUUAUUUAUAUGUUGCUAACUUUAUUACAACUACUUCAGCCUAAAGUAGCAAAAUAAUUGUUGAUUAUGACGCUUAGAAAGAAUUUAAACCGAAUCGCGUGCGGUCGUGGUUGGCUAUGCGCAGACUGAGCCUCAUAAGUUUCAUAAGCUCGCAACCAAGUUCUAGUUCAUGGUUCGGUGGUUGGGGGUUCGGGAGUGUGAGGCUGAGAGUUUGGCGGGGUCGUUGUUGAUUUUUUUUUAGCUCUUUAAUAUUCGGAAUUAUGAGGAACUUCAUCAUUAUUGCGUCGCAAGUGCGACUGACAUACACAAUCACUACGCUUUCUCUGCUAUUUUGAUGUUUUUUUUCCUCUGGCGGGAAACAAGAACAAGAACAUCUACUUCGAUCAAAUACUGCAGAACUACCGUCCUCCACGCCUGGAGCAGGAGUCGACCGAUCAAAUUGCCAGCGAGCACUGGGCAGCAAGAACUGCUAAGCAGCACAGGGAACUUCCGCGCUAUUACAAUAAUGGAACAAAUGUCAUCGCCGCAGCACCAGCUCCGACGUCUUCGUUCCAUCGUAUGCCAACGUCUUCAACAAUUUCUAGCAGAAAUUCAACUUUUGGAGGUAAUACUGAUAGCCAAAGAUCCCCAGCGCCAGCAGCAGUGGCGCUGACAAAAAACGACUUCAGGAACUACACCGGAGUAAAUCAUGAACAAGAGGAGUAUUUUGGUCGAGAAGAAGAAGAAGAACCAGAUGAAGGCCAUCAAAAGAUUGAGAAGACAACCUUUUCGCCUUCGAGGUCGAGCCGACGUCCAGCUGAGAGCUUUUCUGGCAAGAACUCGAUUAUUACAUGCAAACGCGUAGGUCCGAUGGCGUCAGAGCCAUGUGGAUUUCAAAUCGCGCGUCCUGUCGGAUCUGUGAACGGAGGAGCAGCGAGUUGCAGUGAGGUAGAAGAUUCAUACAUGAUUAGCCGACUCGACGCUGAUCGGGAUUUAUUAGAAGAUCAUGAACAAGUACGAGUGCACGAACAAGUGGACGUUGCUGAGGCUGACGAUGAUGCCAGAAAAAUGACGCUUCUAGGCAGUCAGCACGAGGUGAGUUUUUUGAACGCACCUCUCCCUGAACACCCUGUAUCUAUUCCGAUCGCUCGACCAUCCGCUGCUGCUCGGCCUAUCGCGAGUGCGCCAGCGAGAGCGGCGAGCAAAUCAAGCACUGCGGAAACCGAAUUGCUCCGCGCAUUUGCAAAAAGUGCAAAAGGAAUACAAGAUGACGAGGUAUGCAAAUGUAGUUUAAUUUUCGUGAUCACUUCUACUAGUUCCAGGUAAGUGCUACAUACUGCUUUCAUUUAAUCUGUUCGACGUUGUUGCCGCAUUCUUUUGUUGCCGGCGACCCUUGACAAAUAACAGCAGGAAACUCUUAUCACCGAGUACAUGUACAAGUCCAAUAUUUAAUAGAUUUUUAUGAAGUCAACUUCGAUUAGUACUAGCUAUGAGCGUCCGAUAACAUCCCGCCCACUAGGAUUCCCCUCCUCCCCAAAAUAAGAAACCAAGCACGGCAAAGAUGUGAGCGAUGUGCGUUUUCCAAAUUUCGAAAACUUUCCACGUUUUGCCUUCGUUUGGGGAUUGAAUCUCGUGCGUUUGAAGUGCUAAGAUCCCAAAAUUUUUGACUUUAGACCCUUCCUCUGGAAUUUAAUUGCUUGGAUUCGCGUUUUUCAAAUUUCGAAAAUUUUCGACGUUUUCGCGUCGUUUUGAGAUUGAACCAGUUCGAAGGGCUAAGAUCCCAAAAUUUUUGAUUUUAAGCCCUUUCCCUUAGAUUCAACUCCUUGGCUUCACGUUUUUCAAAUUUCGAAAAUUUUCCGCGUUUUGUCGUCGUUUUGAGAUUGGACAAGUUUGAAGGGCUAAGAUCCCAAAAUUUUUGAUUUUCAGCCCUUUCCUUGGUACGUAUUCAAUUUCUUGGAUUUGCAUUUUUCAAAUUUCGAAAACUUUCCACGUUUUUCGUCGUUUUGAGGUUGAAUCUCGUGGGUUUGAAGUGCUAAGAUCCCAAGGCUUUUGAUUUUAAGCCCUUUCCCUGGAAUUCAAUUUCUUGGAUUUCUGUUUUUCAAAUUUCGAGAAUUUUCCACGUUUUUCGUCGUUUUGAGGUUGAACCUCGUGAGUUUGAAGUGCUAAGAUCCCAAAACUUUUCAUUUUAAGCCCUUUCCCUGGAAUUCAAUUCCAUGGCUUCGCGGUUUCAUGGUUUCGCGGUUUCCUGGUUUCUUGGUUUCCUGGUUUCUUGGUUUCUUGGUUUCCUGGUUUCCUGGUUUCUCAUGGUUUCGUGGGUUCAUGGGUUCAGGGUUUGUUUGUUUUUGUGUCGGAGGUUGUGGGUUUGGGUGUUGGAGGUUGAGGUUUCGGAGGGGAAGCGCUUGCAAAGUUUUAUUGCUCUUAAUAUUACAUCAGUACUUCACUACUAACUUUGAGACUGAUCAUCUAAAGAUCACUAACGCAUAUUUAUUACAGAAUGCGGAAAAGAUGGGAAACGCUAGUGGAAAAAUACAGACGGCUGGCAAGGCGAAAGCAAAAAAGAAGGCCAGCAAGAAGAAGAAAGCCGCGAAGAAGAAGGCGCCCCCUAUCGGAAUGGAUAAGGCCGAAGAGGCCCUUCGAUCAGCCGAAAUAUUCCUUCGUGAUCUGCGGAGAGGAAGAUCCUUGACGCGAUGCGCCUCGGCGGGGUCUUUCCACCUCGAGUUCGGUGGUGCACGGUAAUUCUUAAAAAAUUACCUAUCCCUAUGUAAGAAGUGUAGCUGUAGUAGGUGGUCAACUUGUACUUCUGCACAUGCCCUUCCUAUCCGGCCAAAACUACCUCUACGUCUACUACCUGUUUUCAUUAUCUUCCGUUCCACCACUCGUAAGUUUUGUUCAAUCUCAACAUGAUAUCUCGUCCUAUUUCAAUUUCAUUUCUGCUCAGGAACAACAUGCGAGCGCGGGCUACGUCCAUCGAAUCACAGGAAGGGCGGUUCGAACGCAUGUAUCGUGCUAGUAAAGAAAAGCUAGACGAAGAUGCUGGCGUGAUGUCAGGAAACUCGGUCCUUGGGGGAGGGGCUUACCCUCGUCCAGCGAAGGCGGUUGCAGGGGUUGCGCAUGGGAAGUCAUCUUCAUUAAAGGGAGGACCACAGCAUCAUCUCAGCAGAACGGGCUUUGGUAGUACAGCGCCGCGAUCUGGCGCUGCAGUAAUCGUCGCAGGGGUGAAAGUCUCCACGCCGAUCAUGGCUGCGUCCGCGGCAUUCAAGCCAACAAAGGCCCCAGCGCGUCCUGCAGCACCACUGAGUAGAGCAACUGUGUCGUCUUCAUCCAUCUCUACUCCACAAGCUCAACCAGAGGUUGGGAAAAAUGCCGGAGUUGGACCUUCUUCUAAAAUGCAGCUAAACAAGAAAGCGGCACCGGUUGGGGGAGCAGGCAUCUUGUCUGCCGUGUCCCCUUCGAGUACGCCAUCAGUGCGAGGCGGUUAUCGCAAGUACGUGCAUCACCAAUCCAUUGUCGGGACUGAUAUCUCUUUUCGUCCACCGGCGAGGAGUAUUAGUAAGUCGACAGCCGGCUCCGCGCCGAUGCCCGGAACAGCUCCAGUACUGCCGGGUCCAUCAUCAAGUCGACGUAAUACUACACCUGCAGCUGCAGCACCAGCCGCGACCACGUCAUCCUCGUUCAUGCGUGAGAGGCUUAGAACCAAGUUGAAAGAAAUGAACCAAGGUGUCGCUAGCUUGUCCAAAGACACUACUGUCGGGGCAUCCUCCACGGCUGCGCCGAGCUCUCGCGCUGCGUCGAAGGAUUCCGCCACCUCGUCCAGUUUGCAGUCACCAUUCGUGGAUAAUUUCCACACUACAACAUUACCUCCUCGAUCGAGCGGUGGAGUUGUUGGACCUUCUUCCAGUACUUUGCCGUCUUUCCAGCCAAAGCGCUCAAAAUCAGCGACUAGCUUACGGCAUGUGACAACUGAGCGCAAUCCAUAUCUCGCUCCUGCACUGCUUUCAAGCACGCUGCAAACCCGAUUUUGUAAAACAAAUCUUCAACAGACCACAUUUCGACCAGGAUCUCGCACUCCUCUCCGUGUGACCGUUCCAAAGGUGGAGGACGCUAAGGAUCAAUUUAACCAGCACAUCGCUUCAGAAACGGAGGAAACGAUUUUCAUCGGUGACCAUGAGUAUAGGUAUCGUUCAGAACAUCUCUCACUGAAGUUUGUUGGUCAACAAGGGUCUAUUAAUGUAGAUCGUGUACUACAACAGUCAUCUUACCUUCUUGGUUGUACUGAUGUCUUUCUCGCCCUGCUCACCACAUUGUUCAUAUGUUGUAGUCAAGAACUAGAACAUUAACAUUUACAUCAAAUCAAUGUCUUUCUAGGCGUAUUUCAUCAACGCCAAAAAGUACUGGCGUUCGUGGAACAAAGAAAGCGAUAGCAUCGGGAUCGUCAUCGUGUUCGAGCACACACUGCCCGAGAACCUUGCGAUCCAAGAGCGUAGGCAGGCUCGAUCAUCUUGGAACGUCUUCACACGAACAACUAGAGCAGCUGGGCCUCACGAGAGGUAGUACGGUAGGGUCCUCCGUACAGACCAGGGAAGCUACCGAUAUUGACGGGGAUUUCCACAAAUAUGUUGGGCCUCAUCGAAGAGAGCUCUUAGAGCUUGAUCGGAGGCGUGAACGUUUGCGAACGCUGAGCGGAAACGCUCUUGCUUGUGCCACUAAUGCGAGUUCCACGGGCACAAGUAAGACAACAAGUGCUGUCGUCUACCCUCCUGCGAGAGGAGCAUCAAACUACAGCAAAGCCCCAUCCGCUGGUGGUUGUAACACCAAGAGCAAAUACAACAAAGGCAAGAAAAAUAUACACGGAAUCAUUGACGAAGAUGCGGCAGCGGGUGCUGAUGUAUGGUUCUGCUAUUUGGUAAGCUGCGUUUGAUCAUAAGGGUUCUCUUCUUGUUUUCCCUUAUGAUCAAAUUCAGGUUACCGAAUACCGGAACCAUUCACCUGAAGACGAGCCGUCGACUACAGUCGAAGUAAAUCGUGGCGCGUCGUCGACAAGCGCAUCGUCUUGCGCCGAGAGUGUUUCGGCAGAUCAUUCUCGUGUACCCUCAUAAAAUAUGGAUACUAAAACUAACGUCUUGCAAUCGGAAUAAUGGUCGUGAAAUAAGCAGCAAGAUGAACAUGGUGAUAUUGUUUGUUUGUUUUGAUGCGCUCCGGGCGACGCGUACGAUCCCGCCGGAUUUCUUUGCGACGGAACAUGGUGAUACUGAUAUGGAUCUUAUCAACUGAGAAUUAUAAUCAUCAACAUUCGGAUCUCCUGGCUUUCACAUCUUAAAGAAGUGAAUUAUACAACAGGUGAACUCUGCAAUGGAACAGAGCACGCGGCAAGCUGGGGGAAAGCUUCGAAUUGUGUCUCGGGGCUCGGCUAUUGGAACUGGAGGGAGCAGUUGCAACCAAGAACAAGGGCAUGGAGACUGCACUAAAAACAUGAUGAACAAGACCAACACGACCAAACUUAUCACUGAAGAGCUGAAAGCCGAUAAGCAGCGACUUCUGGAAAAUGGGCGGCGAUACUUACUCAAGCCUGCGGCUUUGGGCAUGGAUCGUGGACAGCGAUCGCAGGAAGACGCGUCAGCUGUGUUGGAGAGGAAUUACGAACAUGGACGACCCCAGCCGCACACGAGGCAAAGCUCCAAAGGCGUAGGCGGUGUCAACAAUUUGAAUUCUCUUGGUUUGACGCUCACAUCAACGGGUGCUGCAGUGACCGAAACUACAACAGAUUUGCACCAUUCCGCCAAUCCCGACUUCUAUGAAUGUCACUGGUUAUUGUAACAUUGACAACAUUGAUUAUACUUAAUGGUCGUUCAUCGAAGUGGUGCAUACAAAAAGCUGCAUCCUGCAUGUGCAUUAGUGCAUUAUGAUAAAUAAGUACUCGAAACACAAACACGACGCUGAAUCUCUAGAAGAACAAGAACAAGUGGUCCAUACGAGAAACUGCAUCUUGAUGUGGUUCGUGGUCCUCUCUAAUGCGUGUCAGCGCGUCAGCAGACGAAAGUUGUCAACAGCCAACAUUAUAACGCUGGCGGCCAUGUAGCAGCAGCCGCUUCGCCUCUGACGGUGACCGAUCCUUCGGCGCACGUUCCCUCAGCCCGCACUGCAGCAAGCUGUAGCCCUCCAGCAACGCUCAUGCGUUCAUCUCAUUCCGAUGGCAUUGGUGAUCAUGACCAUGAACAUGGUACUGGUAGAAAUCUGCAGAGCAAAAUGUCGCUUCGAGAAAUGGAAAAGAUUGUGGACGAAACGCACGAGCUCCUUCUGAGCCGAAAUGUGCUGCCGAGUGAGGAUGAUUUGGACGACGAAAUCGCCACUCGCAUCCGCUUGGGCCCGCAGAGGAAAAGCGGUGAACGAAAAAACAGAGGAAUGGGCGCAUCUUCACUUACGUCUUACAUUGAUGACUCAUGAUUAUUACCAGCACAGACCAAGCGCGUCACCCUCAGGAGGUACAGCAACUACAGCUUUACUUCUUCUGCGACGAUUCAUUCUAAAAAAGCUCUUACAUGUUGUCGCCUAUAUUCCUAUCGUAUUUUGCAAGUGGUGCUACUUCUAAGGCAUCAUGAGGACUAUCUAGUCGAGGGCUCUAAUAUCCGUCGUGUUGUUUGGGAUUACUACACAUCGCAUAGUGAAGCGGAAGGGAGCCAAACGACUGGCGCCUCUUCGGACGAAGAAGUCAACACGGCUAGGAAGAACGCAAGACUGAACCGCGACGCAAAUCGACGAGGACCUCACGAUACUGUAGACCCGACCAGAACGAGGAAUCCUGCUUUGAGUACUACAGCAUCAACAACUAAAAAUGCAAGAAGGAGUAGUACUAGUACUACCGGUUCCAAUACUAAAAGGGUCAACAAAAAGCAACACGGUCACAAACAAGCAGUUGACCCUGCAACUACGCCCAUUAUUCCGAUAGGCGACGAAGACUUUGUGUCUCCACUACGCGCAGACUACAUUCGAAGGCAGAGACAGGAUCUAGAAGCUACGCACUACUCGUCAUCAGACAGUAGAAACCGAGGAGAAAAAGUACGACAUCCACGACGAGGUACAACAAUCAACGAAAGCUACAACUAUUGUUCAGGGGAAGAUGACCGAGAGUCGGCAGGAUGUGUCUUUGAUCUUGAAGAGGGAACAGAAGAUGAAGAGGAAAUGGACUUUUCUUUUGAAGAUCUGCGCCAGCUUGAGAAGCAAGAAACCAAUUGCCUACAAGACAUUGAUAGAGCCAUCGAGGAGCUUCAAAUGCAGCUCGAGAGUAUCGACCAUGUUGGAGCAGACCACUAGAUAAUCUUACGGCGUACGCGCGUCAGUCUUUUCUAACUACAACAUGAACUUGAUGAUUAAUUUGAAGGAUGUUACAACAAAAUCUGCUACGUACCGUACAAAAACCACAAAUAAUUUUAGUGUCGAAAUACAGAAAGUAAUAAAGGAGUAGGAGCAAGAGACGUUAUAUCUUGUAUUUUUUAAUAGAUGGAGACGCGACACGUACGGUGUGCCUUGGUCUUCAUCUUAUAUACAAGCAGUCAAUGGGAGCAGUACUAGAAGGUGGUUUCGAAAAAUAUGCUUUAUGUCGUAGCGGAAGUCUUUCUUGAAUUGGGACUAUUCUCUAGUUAUACUUAUUACACCUGUGAAGAUCUUAUGAUUAUGUUAAGUGUACUAAGACACGUGAUAAUUGUUUCUGUUAGGUCAAUUAUGAAAAAAUAGGUCAUCAAGAUCUAAAUUCUAAAAAAAGAUAUUGAGUUGUAAGUUACUCAGAGUUUACUGACAUCAAACAACAUCUCUCCCAUCCAUCCAUCUGUUAUCAUUAGCAUUACUCUUAAGUCCUUAAUCAGUAGAACUCAAGUCACGGAUUAAAAACAUCAAUUUUUUACGUCAUCAUUUUUUUCAAUGACGAAGCAGGUCAAAAUGUACUUAUUCAGCUUAGGGACUUUAACACACCAACAAAACAAAAAAUGUCAUCCAGCUGCAACCCGUCUCUCUGUCCUGUAAUAAGGAUUUUUUUCGUCUCUUCUAAGAUCAGACUUUUGACUCUCUAAGGUUAACGAGAUUAUUAUAAGUAGUAGAAAUUCCUUGUAGUUUUCAUUUUGAUGAUGGGAGAUACUACUACUAGCCUUUUUAGUUAAGAAUCUUUCUGCGAUUCCGGUGCAACAGGUUAGCGAACAAAAAAACAUCACAGGAGAUUAUUUUCAAGAUAUAGGAAAAAUUCGUCUGUACACUUUUCCGGCGCAUACUAACCGAUUAUGCAACUAAUCAUCUCUGCCUGAUGGCCAUAUUUCUUAAGAGUAAGAGCAGCGUCUCAUUCCUGGGAUAAAGACAAUUAUACAUCGGGUGAAAUACCAACUACAUCAAACAGAAGCACGCGCUCGAGCAGCUUGCUGUGCAUGUGCCGAUAAAACGGUGUAAAGAUGCUGGUGGCAUCCUCAUCGUCAAGAAGGGCGCAGUUAUUGUUUCCCUGUAUCGUGUGUAUCCCGCUGUUCGUCCUAGUCAUGAACAAGAUCUUUUUGUCCUCUACUGAGAUCAGCAGUUAUAGGGAAGGAAACCCAGGCCCCCCAUGACGCUUUCCUAUUGUUUGAAAGAAAUGAAGAAUGGAUCACCUGGAGGUUUGUUUGACCGUUGUGGCUACAACGAAAUGGUAGGGCGAAAGGUAGUUUUCUUCGGGCGCGGUUUCGUCAAAGGAUAAGUGAC